CGAAACUUUCUUAAAUUAAAAAAAGGCACAUUAACAACAAUUUGUUCUACUCAAAAAAAAAAGAAAACCAACUGCAACUAUUUCAACUAAACCUGGCACUAUUUUCGGCUAAUGCGAAUUGAGUGCCUUUUACAAUUUGUACACCUAAUACACUAAGUUUAAGCAAACGAUUAAGACUAGGAGGCGGACGUGCACGUAGACGACGCAAAGAUGUCCACACUGUCGCUGCGCAUACAGCUGGAGGGUGGUCGGGUGACCAAGACCAUACAAUUCCAACCAAAUACGACAGUCUUCGAUGCAUGCAAAAUCAUACGCGAUAAAUUUGCCGAAGCGGUGCAGGGACAACCUAGCGAAUAUGGACUCUUCAUUUCGGAUGAGCAGAACCAGCAGGGCGUUUGGCUAGAAGCUGGCCGCACACUGGGCUAUUAUAUACUGCAUAAUCAGGAUACGCUCGAAUAUCGUCGCAAGCUUCGGACAUUGCGCGUUCGCAUGUUGGAUGGCGCUGUCAAGACCAUCCUGGUCGAUGACUCGCAGCCCGUAUCCCAGCUGAUGGUGGUUAUUUGCACCAAAAUUGGCAUUACCAAUCACGAGGAAUAUGGCCUGGUGCGUGAGGAUAACGAGGCGCAGAACGAGAACUUGCCGGACAACAAAUUUGGCACGCUCACGCUCAAGCGCAAGUUCACCGAGAAGGAUCGCGAUGCGAAAAUGGAAAGUUUGCGCAAGAAACUCAAAACUGAUGACGAAAUGAACUGGGUCGAUGUGGGUCGCACACUACGCGAACAGGGCAUCGAUGAAUCGGAGACGGUGCUGCUGCGGCGUCGCUUCUUCUUCUCGGAUCAGAACAUUGACUCGCGUGAUCCGGUGCAGCUGAAUUUGCUUUACGUGCAGGCCAGGGACGCCAUUCUCGAUGGCACACAUCCUGUUACCCAGGACAAGGCCUGCGAAUUCGCCGGCAUCCAAGUGCACAUACAAUUCGGUCCGCACAACGAGGCCAAGCACAAGCCCGGAUUCUUGGACUUGAAGGACUUUUUGCCACAGUCAUAUGUGCGUGUUAAGAACAUUGAGAAGAAAAUCUUUGCGGAGCAUAGAAAGCAUUUCGAAUUGACGGAAAUCGAUGCCAAAGUUCUGUACACCAAGACCGCUCGGGAGCUGCCCACCUAUGGCGUUACCUUCUUCCUGGUCAAGGAGAAGAUGAAUGGCAAGAACAAGCUUGUGCCGCGUCUCUUGGGCGUUACCAAAGACUCUGUGCUGCGUCUGGAUGAGCGCACCAAGGAGAUUCUAAUCUCCUGGCCGCUGACCACAGUUCGUCGCUGGGGCGCUUCGCCGAACACCUUCACCCUGGACUUUGGCGACUAUGCGAAUCAAUACUAUUCGGUGCAGACGACAGAAGCCGAGCAGAUCGUGCAGCUCAUAGCGGGCUAUAUCGAUAUAAUAUUGAAGAAGAAACAGACCAAGGAUCACUUUGGCAUCGAAGGAGAUGAGGGAUCCACCAUGGUGGAGGAGUCCGUUGCACCAUCCAAGGCAACCUUCUUGCAGCACGAAACGAAUCGCGUGGAGAAGUUGAACUUGGAAAGUUUAGCGCAUCCGGGCGUUAUGCGGCCCUAUGACGGUGAACGCACCUUUACGCAGAACGAAAUGCAGAGCGUGCAGUAUGGCGCCUUUGUGGGUCAAGUAAAUCAUGCUCAUCAACCGCCGACGACUAAGGAAGUACGCAUUAGUUCUGUGAAUCUGACGGAGCCGCAGCGUGCGCUGCUCGGUUAUAUAUCCGCUGGACAGGAUGUCUUAAUACGCGCCGACGAGGAGCUGCGCACCAAGGCACCCAUUCAGGAGCUGGGCAGCGAUCUGCGUUCCAUUGAGUGGCGCGAGAAUACCCUGGACACCUCCAAGCAGGCGGUCAGCUCGCAUGUGGCCACGAUGAGCGCGGCCACCGCGCAGAUUAUCACCGCCUCGCAACCGGAUGAGGUCGAUACGGAAGCCAUUUCUGCAUCUGUAUCCCAAAUUGCCCAGACCAUACCCGAGGUCACCAAGGAGGUGCGCCUGAUUGCCGCUCUCAUGGAGAACGAUUCGAAUGGCGACCAGCUGCUGGAGGCAGCGCGCAAUCUGUGCAAUGCCUUCAGUGAUCUGCUCAAGGCCGCCGAGCCAGAAAGCAAGGAGCCACCGCAGCAUUUGAUUAAUGCCGCCAGCCGUGUGGGCGAAGCCACCACCCAUGUGCUCAGCACCAUUGCCGAGGAGGAGGCGCCAGAGAAUCGCGAUCUGCACGACAUGCUGCUGGCCCUGGCCAAGGCAGUGGCCAAUACCACCGCCGCCCUGGUGCUGCGUGCCAAGAACAUCGCCGCUAGCUGUGAGGACGAUCAGGCGCGCAAUCGCGUCAUUGGGGCAGCCAGCCAGUGUGCACUGGCCACCAGUCAGCUGGUGGCCUGCGCCAAGGUGGUGGCUCCCACCCUGCACAAUGCUGCCUGUCGGGAGCAGCUGGAGGCGGCGGCCAGAAACGUGGCCCGUGCGGUCAACUCGCUCUGCGAGGUGUGCAACGAGGCGAGCAACGAUCCCAAGUUGAAAGCCGAUCUGCUGGACGCGGCACGCGAUGUCUCCAAGAGUCUCACGGAAAUGCUGGAGCAUGUGAAGCUAAGCACUCGCGAGCAUGCGAAUCGCACCAGUCAGGAGCUGAGUCCCGUCGAGAAUGUCAUCAUUGGCACCGACGUUUUGGUGUCCACCAAUGAUCCCCAGGAAAUGGUGCGUCAUGCGCGCACCCUCGGCCAGACGACAGCACAGCUCAUCCAGAGCAUCAAGGGCGAGGCCGAUCAGCAGGAGGAUGCGGACAUGCAGCGCCGUCUGCUGUCGGCCGCCAAGCAGCUGGCCGAUGCCACCGCCAAGCUGGUGGAGGCGGCACGCCUGUGCUCCUCCAAUCCUCAUGAUUCGGACAAUCAGAAUGCGCUGCGUCGUGCUGCCGAGGAGCUGCGCGAGAUCACCACCAGCACCGCCAAUACGCCGGCCAUGAAACGUGGUCUCAUCCAGCGGCUCGAGUUCCACUCGAAGCUGGCUGCGUCUGCGGCCACCCAGUGCAUCUCGGCCGCUCAGAAUGCGGUGCAGCACAGCCAGGAUCAUCAGACCAAGGAGUCGUUGCUGCAGGAUUGCAAACGCGUCGCAGACACCAUACCACGACUGGUCACAUCGCUGAAGACGACGCGCGCCCAGCCAGACGAUGCGCACGCCCAGUUGAAUCUUAUCGAGGCGGCGGAACAAUUCAUCGAGCCCGCUCUUCAAGUAUCCAAAUCCUCACGUGCCCUGCGACCCACGGUCACAGAUAUACCCUCUGCUGCGCAGCUGUCCAAGAGUGCAUUGCAUCUGGGCCAGACGGUUUCAGAGCUACAUUCGGUGGCGCAGCGUGCACGCGAUGCCUGCGGUGGUCAGGAGCUGGAGUCGGCAUUGGAGGCGGUGCGCAAGCUGCAUCAUGUGCUGGACGAUACACGCCAGGCAGCCCUGGCGGGUCAACUGCGACCACUGCCCGGCGAGACGGUGGAGAACACCGCCGACGAGUUGCGCAAAUCGGCCAAGAAUGUGGGCAUUGCUCUGAGCCAGUUGCUCAGCUCUGUGCUACAGGGACAACGCAGCUAUGCAGGCGCCGCCGGACGAGACACGGCUCUGGCCCUGGGCGACUUCACCAAGAGCGUGCAUGGCGUUGCGGCGACCACACAGAAUCCGGCUAUCAUUGAGUGCGCCGACGACGUUGUCACCAGCUCCGCACAGCUGAUUGAGCAGGCGCAGCGCACGCUGCAGGGCAUCUCCGAUCCGCAGGCGCUGACCCAAGCGGGCCGAGAUGUGACAGGUGCCCUCUCGCGCACCGUCGACUGCAUACCCGGCCAGCGUGAGGUGGACGCCGCGCUGCGCAAUGUCAGUGAGCUCAGCGAGAUUCUGUCCGUGAGCGAAUUCCCGCCCUCGAACCGACCCUAUGCCGAGCUGCAGUCAGAGCUGAAGCAGGUGGCCGAGCAGCUGAGCAGCGCCGGCGGCCAGAUUGUCCAAUCGUAUGCCAGCCCUGCCCUGCUGGCCGACAGCAGCCAGAACUUUGCGGCCAACUACAGGGAUCUGUUGUCGGUGAGCAUGCAGAUGGCGGGGCAGACCCAAACGGAUGAGCCCGUGCGCUCGCAGAUGAUCGACUGCCUGCGCAAUGUGUCGACACAGUCGUGUUCGCUGCUCUCCACGGCCAAGUCCAUUGCCGCCGAUCCUGGCCAGCCGAAUGCCAAAAAUCUGCUGCAUGCUGCCGCCCGCAGCGUUACGGAGAGCAUCAAUCAGCUGGUGGAUGCAAGCAUCCAGUCGGCGCCGGGCCAAAAGGAGUGCGACAAUGCCAUGCGCAACAUUGAGGCACUGCGUCUGAUGCUCGACUAUCCGCACGAGCCGAUCAACGAGAUGGGCUACUUUGACUGCGUCGAACAGGCGACUGCCAAGUCGCGCAACCUGGGCUAUGCCAUCUCCGAGAUGAUCAACAAUGCCAAACAGUCACAGCACGUGGAGUUCAGUCAGUCGGUGAACAAUGUCAACGACUCCAUACAAGGUCUGAUGGAGAGCUCCUCGCAGGCGGCCUAUCUCAUUGGCGUCUCGCAUCCCAGCAGUGUGGCCGGGCGGCCCGGCAUCAUUGACCAGGCGCAGCUGACCUGGGCCUAUCAGGGCAUUCGACAGCAUUGCGACAUUGUGAGCAGCGCCCAGUCGGGCAAGCCGCAGAUGAUCUCGGCCCUGACCGUGAUUGCCAAGCACACGAGCUAUCUGUGUUCCAUUUGCCGGCAGGCGAGCAUGAACACCAACAAUCCGGUGGCCAAGAAUGAGUUUAUUGUGCUGGCCAAGCGGGUGGCCACCGCGACAUCGGAUCUUGUGCAGGACAUCAAAGCAAUUGAGGAAAAUCCCACGAGCGGCAGUCGGGAUCGACUUGUGGAGCCGCUGCUGGAUGCUGUCAAGGCAGUUCGUCAAUAUGCCUCUAGUCCAGAGUUUAUAUCGAUUCCGGCCAAAAUCUCGGCCGAGGGUCGCAAAGCGCAGGAGCCAGUCAUUCAGGCUGGACGCGGUGUUAUCGAUGGCGUCGUCGAGAUGGUCAAGGCGGCCAAAUCGCUGGCCUUGUCCCCGGACAAUCCGCCCGUGUGGCAACAGCUCUCCAUGCACUCUACGCCCGUCUCCGAGUCCGUCAAGCGUCUCGUGGACAACAUACGCGACAAGGCGCCCGGGCAGGCCCAAUGUGAGCAGGUGCUGCACACCCUGGGCACCUGCACCCGCGAGCUGGACAGCUGCGCCCUGGCAGCCAAUGCCCAGGGCCUGAGUCGUCGUCGGGACAACAAUCUGCAUGGCUUCAGUGGCCAAACGAUGAACUCUGCCGCGGAGCUGUUGGACAAAUUGGAGCCCAUACGCGUAGCGGGCAAGAACAAUGCCGAGCAGCUGGGCCAUGCCGUGGGUGAGAUCUCGCGCUAUGUGGUGCCCAUGGUAAAUGGCGCCAUUGGCGCCUGCACCCACAUCGUGCACAGCCAGCAGCAAAUGUCGCUGAUCAAUCAGACCAAGUCGGUGGUCGAGAGCGCCAUUACCCUGGUGCAAUCGGCCAAGGACUCGGCGGGUAAUCCACGUGCCACACACGCCCAUCCGCGUCUCGACGAGGCUAUCGAUGGCACCCGGGAGGCCAUACAGGAGCUGCAGCAAGCUGUGGAGAAGAUCAAUGCCGAAACGGGCAUUGUCACCGGCCUCAUGGAGCAGGUGAAUCGCGCCAUAACGCGACUCACGGACAAGCGACAAUCGCUGCUGAAUGCCUCCUACUCGGACACCUUUGUGGACUACCAGACGCGCAUGGUGGCCACGGCCAAGGAAAUUGCUCGUCUGGGCAACGAGAUGAACGCCAAGAGCAGCGUGGAGCCCGCAGCUCUGCCCCAGCUGGCCGUCGAAAUGACCCAGCACUACCAACUGCUCACCCAGGACUCGGUGGGCGCCAGCACGACCACCACCUCGCCGGAUGUGGCCAUGCGCAUACGCAACACAGUCAUCGAUUUGGGUCGUUCGGUCAGCUCCAUGAUACAGUCCUCUGCCGGAGGCGCCAGUCCACAUGAUGCCAGCGCCCUCAAGCAGAUAUCGAACAAUGCUCGCGAGGUAUCCGAGAAGGUGGCCCAGGUGCUGGCCGCUCUGCAAGCUGGCUCUCGCGGCACCCAGGCCUGCAUCAAUGCUGCCCACACCGUAUCCGGCAUCAUCGGAGAUCUGGAUACGACCAUUAUGUUUGCCACAGCGGGCACACUGCACUCGGAUGGCGAUGGCAGCUUUGCCGAUCAUCGAGAGCACAUUCUACAGACAGCCAAGGCUCUGGUGGAGGACACUAAGGUGCUGGUCACGGGCGCCGCCGGCACACAAGAUCAGCUGGCCAAUGCGGCACAGAAUGCCGUCUCAACCAUUACUCAACUUGCGGAGGCUGUUAAGCGCGGCGCCUGCUCCUUGGGCUCCUCGCAGCCCGACUCGCAGGUUAUGGUCAUUAAUGCUGUCAAGGAUGUGGCGUCGGCUCUCGGUGAUUUGAUCAACUGCACCAAAUUGGCCUCGGGCAAGCCCAUACACGAUCCCUCUAUGCAGGGUCUCAAGGAGAGCGCCAGGGUCAUGGUGCUGAAUGUCUCCUCGCUGCUGAAGACCGUCAAAGCUGUGGAGGAUGAGCACACGCGCGGCACACGCGCCAUGGAGGCCACUGUCGAGGCCAUUUCACAGGAGAUACGCGCCAUGCAGACGCCGCCGCCUGUGGGCAGUGCUCAGAUGGGACCCGAGGAUUUGAUACGCGUCACCAUGAAUGUAACAGCUGCCACAGCAAAGGCUGUCGCCGCCGGCACCUCCAAUCUGCAGGCGGACAUUGUUGCUGCGGCCAAUUUGGGUCGUCGCGCCAUCUCGGACAUGCUGAUCGUUUGCCGUUCCGUUGCCUGGAACUGUGCCGAGACGGAUGAGCUACGUGUGCGCACACUGGAGGCGGGCACCGCUGUCGCCGAAUCCUACAGAGAGCUGCUCAAUGGCAUUUUGCACAAUUGCAGCGCCGAUGAUCGCAUGCACUACUCGCGACGCGUGGCCAAGUGCGUCACAGAUCUGGUUGCCAUGGCGCGCCUGCUGAAGGGCUCCGACUGGAUAGAUCCGGAAGAUCCCACGGUCAUAGCCGAAAACGAGCUGCUUGGCGCUGCGGCCUCCAUCGAUGCGGCUGCCAAGAAGCUGGCCUCGCUGCGACCACGUCGCCAGGCGGAUGUCAAGAUCGAGCUGGAUGAGAACAUGAAAUUCGAUGAGAUGAUCCUGGAGGCAGCCAAGGGCAUUAUGGCCGCCUCUGCUGCCUUGGUGCGUGCUGCCAAUGCCGCUCAGCGUGAGCUCAUUGAUCAGGGCAAGGUGGCACGGCGUCCGUUGACCAGCUCCGAUGAUGGCCAGUGGUCGGAGGGUCUGAUUUCAGCCGCCCGCCUGGUGGCUGCAGCCACACACAGCUUGGUAGAGGCCGCACAGAAUUUGGUGCGCGGCGUCGGCACCGAGGAGAUGCUCAUCUCGACGGCCAAACAGGUGGCUGCCUCCACAGCGCAAUUGCUGAUUGCCUGCAAGGUCAAAUCGAAUCCCAACUCGGAGGCGGGACGUCGCCUGCAGGCCGCUGGCAAUGCAGUCAUCAAGUCCACCGACAAUCUGGUGCAUGCCGCUCAACAAGGCCUCGAGGCGGAGGAGGAGCAUUCGCUGAAGAUCAACACAUCCAUGGUGGACGGCAUGGCGCAGGAAAUCAAUGCACGCUCCGCUGUGCUGCGCAAGGAGAAGGAGCUGGAGGAGGCGCGCCAGCGUCUCAAGCAUGUGCGACAGGCGCAGCGUUAUGCCAAGAACACACAAGGCUUCACCACUGACGAGAGCGACACGGAGUAUGCCUACGGCACGCUCAACAGGAGCCAGAACAAUACUCUGGGUCGUGGAGGCGCUUAUUGUAGCUCGGGUGAUAUGUCCAGCCCGUCCAACUACUACGCUGGCUCUGACUUGGCCGCCGGCAGUCAGCAGAAGCAUCAUUAUAACUAUGCCAGUCCGCAGCCACAGCAUUUUCAUCAUCCGGGCGCAGUUUCGCCGCCGCCAUCAAAUUAUGCGGCCAUGGAUGAUGUCAAUGGAGAUUUUCCGCCGCCACCGCCGCCGUUGUCGACAACCAUUUCUAAUAUGCAGACGGCCACGUCGGGCCAUAGUUUUCGCUCUAAUCCCAAACUAACCGCCAAUGCUGUGCCGCGCCCAUACCCUGGCAGUCCAGUGGCUGGUGCGGCGGGUAGCAACGGCUUUACAACCACCACAUCUGCAUCGGGCACACCCACUAACGCCAACUACCAGCAGCAUAGCUUUGAAACGUCCAGCCUUAAAACACAGAACUCCUCAACGUCCGCGCCCGUUGUGCCGCCACCGCCGCCACAGAAGCCUACGGUGAAUCGCAAUCUGGAGGCCUGUGUCCAGGAUCUGCAUGACAAGACGUUCGGGCAGGGCGGUGUGGUGCAGCUGACCGGCGGCAAUGCCUAUCCCGGCCAGAAUUACGAGGGCUACACGUCCAGCAGAUACGAGACCCGCAACUUUGACAAGUCAGCCAACAAUAGCGGCGGAAGCACCAGUGAGCUGGGCCUGGCCAAGCCUGGCCUGGAGUCGAGCUUCUCUCAGAUGACGCUCAACACGGAUGGCGGCAAGCUGAGCAUUGUGGAUCAGGGCUCGGAGCGUCUCACCUCAAUGACGCAGCGCGUUAUGGAGCGCAAAUCGUUUACGACAACAACAGAAUCGCGCUCUGAGACGAAGACGGAGAAGCACAGUUUUCGACUGGAAUAAGGAAUAGGAGCAGGAGCAGGAGCUGCAGCUGCAGUCGAAACUAAACGAAGAAGUUUGCCAAAUGUGCUUUUAACAUUUAUAUGCAUACUAAUAGUAAUAAUUUAACAUUAGAAUAUAAUUAGCCACUAGCGUUAAUAUGUCUAUAUUUACACACGCCACACAAAUACCCCAUAUACACAAAUCGCACACAGAAACACACAGCCUAAAUGUAACGUUAUAAUCGCUUUUCAUUUCAA